AUAACCUGAGGGAGGCUCUUGCACGACACACUUGCUGAUCCUCACUCAGCGAUCACUCCUGCCCGACCUGUCUCUUCUCUCGCACAAGAAUGUUGGUGCUGGUGUUGUGCCUGCUGGUGGGAAGCGCCCUCGGAACUGCCAUCGACAGACCGCGUCGAGGGAUCUUCGAUAAUGGAAUAGGUCUGGAUCCCUCGGGUUAUUUGCCACCGCAGAAUGACUUCUGCCAACCCUCCACAGUGUACAGGACGCAAGUGCAGUACUCCACUUUGGUCGUCCCUUCCACCAUAUACAACAAUGACAUCCAGUACGUCACUCAGACUGACGUUCGCACACAACAAGUGUACAGUACAUUCAAUUCCGAGGUCGUGAGUACCGUGGUAGUGCCACAGGUACAGUACCAGACGGUGACGGUCACCCGCACCCAACAGAACGUCCGUACACAGGUGGUCACUCUUCCUCCUCAAGUACGUUAUGUGACAGAAACUAGGCAAGAUGUGAGGACUGAUGUACAGUACCAGACGCAAUACGAGACCCGCUUCCAACAGGUGCCUUCGACCGUCAUUAGGAAUGUCGUCUCUACGCAGGUGGUCCCCCAACAGGUCAUCAGUACCAUCUUCCGGACUCAAACCAUCACAAGGACGCGUCAAGUGCCUGGUCAAACCCGCACUAUCGCUAGUACCCAGUACAGCACCAUAUAUUCCACUGUUGUCCAGCCAGGCCAAGAUGUAUACCUCACGCAGACGUUAGACAGGACGAACGUCGUUACCCAGACCAUCUCACAGCCCGGCAGGACUCAAGUCAUCACCUCCACACAGGUGGUUCCUGUCACCACCACCAUCUUCUCACAGGUUGUCCUCACCAACACCCAGACUCAGUUCAUAACACGCACACAGACGGAACAACGCGUCACCACCGUCGUGCGCGUACAACAAGUGCCACAGUUCAACACAAGAACCAUCACGGUGCCCCAACAGGUGGUGAGGACCCAGGUGUCUACCCAGGUGGUGCCCACGACCAUUUUUUCUCAGCAGACUGUCCCUACAAUCGUUAACGUGCCAGGUCAAACACAGUACGUCACCGUCACCCGCACUGUUGUCAACACCCAACAACUUCCCGGUCAGGUCCGCACCCAGUACGUCACAAGAACUGUCUACAACACAAACUACGUGACUUCCACCAUAUUCAACCAGCAGUACAACACCGCUACGGUUACCAGAACCACCCAGCCUAACUGCAACACCGGAUACAACUAUAAUGAACCCGCUGUGGCCUUCAACGCCUUCGGCCGCUGAGCUGCAACAGAGUGAAUAUUCUUCCUUUUUUAUGAAAUAAUAGAAACUCCUGUAGGUGUCGUCAGACAGAUGGUCACAUGCAGCUGAGAGUUGUCUUAUCACCAUUGUUUAACUUGUUUUUUUCGAUAACAUUGAUUGCGUAAACACCAUCAUUUCUAUUAAAAUGUGACACUUA